UCUCACCGCCAGCAGGCACUGUUUCACUGUCUAACUUCAUGCACCGUUCACAGCGCAUAAUAACACAGACACACAUACAGGCACAGCACCUUUUCAAACUAAACCAGGCUAAUAAGAUUCAGAGUAGGAGGUGCAAGAUCCACCAAAGAGAAACAUACACUCGCGCUGGAGUACAGAGAGAGAGAGCGACUGGGAAGGAGAGAGAGGGUGAGAGGCACUGCUAAGUGCUUACAGCGAACAACACACAACUCACCUUUCCUGUUUUUCCAGGUCGGGAGGCUCGCUUAGAAAGAAGAAUUAUCGGAAUGCAGGGGCCGGGGGAGAGCACCCAUGCAUAUCUGGUUCUGCAGUGACUUGGCACCAACACGGUGCCCGUGUACGUUCGUGUUGGUUGAAUUCACGGGGAUGAAGUUAAUUAGUUUAUUAAGAAGGAGUAAGGAACGGGUAAUGGGGCUUGUUUCGAUUUAAACAACAACAACGCAAAUAAUAAUAAUAAUAAUAAUAAUAAUAAUAAUAAUAAUAAUAAUAAUAAUACACACGUACAAAUAAAAAUGGAUAACCAGAGAGAGGAAACAAUGUCAAAGUCAAUUAAAAACAAAAUACCGAAACGCAAAGAAAAGAAACACAAAUCCAGGAAGCUGUUAAGAAGGAAAUCUCUGAAAUCGGUGGGGAACUUCAUGAACAGGAUCUUGAAAACUUUAAGCACUUUGUCUCACUUUGGGGACCUGAACCCGGCAGAGGCAGAGGCAGAGGACGAUGACGGGGGGUUUCGGGCCAGCACAGCACCUUGCACCUUAACUGCCAACUCGGGACACCUGAAUGAAGAAAGCCGGGCUGUCGCGGAAAACCCAGUUAAAAAGAGUUUGACGCUGUCAUCCCAGGAGUCUAUCAAAGAAAGAUUGUCUUGGUGCUUUGGGGAUAGGAUCCCCGGCGUUCUGGGCUUGAAAAAUCAUGGCAACACCUGCUUUAUGAACGCAGUCGUCCAGUGCCUGAGCAAUACUGACCUGUUUGCCGAAUAUCUCGGCUUGGAGCAGUACAAAGUCGACUUAAGCCACAGGCAAGUUAAUGGUAUGUUGAAAAACGACGAUGUACCACAAGUCAAGGGCGAGGUUACAAAACAGUUGGCAUCCUUAAUGAGGGCGCUUUGGACACUGGACUACACCCCGCAACUUUCCGUGGAGUUCAAGAAUACUGUCUCGAAGUAUGGCUCCCAGUUCCGGGGGAACUCCCAGCAUGACGCCCUGGAGUUCCUGCUCUGGUUACUGGAUCAGGUCCACGAAGACGUCAACUCCUCACCCGGUAACACCAACAAUACCAAACCCAUUGGGAAGACCCAGUCUGGAGAGGAGACUCCUGGAGGGGGGCAGCCCGCCACGGAGACCCCAGGGAGUCAGAGCUUCGUGCGGGAGCACUUCCAGGCUCAGUACAGGUCGUCACUGACCUGCCCUCACUGCCUUAAACAGAGCAACACCUUUGAUCCUUUCCUGUGUAUCUCCCUGCCCAUCCCCCUGAGGCAGACCAGGCCCCUGUACAUCACCUUGGUCUUCCACACCAAAGGCCAGCGCUACCUGCGGAUCGGCCUGGCUGUCCCUCUCUUUGGCACGGUGGCUUCUCUCCGAGAGAUGGUGUCCAUGGAGGGAAAGAUCACUCCUGAGCAGGUGAUUCUGACAGAGGUCUACUCCACGGGGUUCCAGCGCUCGUUCUUCAAUGAGGAGGAGCUUACCAGCAUAGCUGAGAGUGACAACAUCUACGCGUUCCAGGCGCCCCCUAUUGUCAGCAGGGGAGGGUCCGCCCGGGUCUCAGGUUACCAUCACAGCCUGCCCUCAUCCCCUUAUUCCUCCGGUCCUGAAGGGCAAAGAUUACCUCCCACGGGCACUUUAUCCUCGGAGUUCCUGAACCACAGCAGCUCUGGGAAGGUUCUGCUUCUCAUCUGCAACGCGGCAGGGUCGGGAGAGCAAGCGGUCAGGUUCGGCCCGCCUUUCCUCAUGAGAGAAGACAGAGCAAUCUCCUGGGACCAGCUACAGCAAUGCAUACUCAGCAAAAUGUAUUAUCUGAUGAUAAGCGAGGCACAGACGCAGAAUGUUGGGGUUCUGUUCCGAAUCCGUGUGGUGGGAGGAUCCAUCACUUGCAGCUACCUCUCCCCCCAGGACAGCCAGCCUCUCUACCACCCCGCAGUGGACAGAGCGCUGAGGUUCUGUGGGCUGGGUGGACCCCCGCAUGUGAAGUUGGUGAUUGAGUGGGAUCACAAGGCCAAAGACGGUUUGUUUGGGAACAUCCAGGAGGAGGUGGUGCAGGACGCGGAGAGCGUGCGGGCCCAGCAGCAGCAGCACCAGCAGCAGCACAGCUGCACCCUGGAUGAGUGCUUCCAGCUCUACACCAAAGAGGAGCAGCUUGCCCCGGACGAUGCCUGGAAGUGCCCCCACUGUAAGCAGCUGCAGCAAGGCAUGGUGAAGAUGAGCCUGUGGACCCUGCCUGACAUCCUCAUCCUGCACCUGAAGCGCUUCCGGCAGGUCGGGGAGCGGCGCAACAAGCUGUCCUCGCUGGUGCGCUUCCCCCUCACCGGCCUUGACAUGACUCCUCACAUGGUGAAGAGGAGCCACAGCUCCCGGAACCUGCUGAGCCCCUGGCCGUCAUGGAAACCGCCCCAGCAGCACCAUGACUUCCUGUACGACCUGUACGCCGUGUGUAACCAUCACGGGGGCAUGCACGGCGGCCACUACACAGCUUACUGCAGGAACUCCGUGGAUGGCCAGUGGUACAGCUAUGAUGACAGCAGUGUGGAUCUCAUUCCAGAGGAGGAGGUGAGCACCAGAGGAGCCUACAUCCUCUUCUACCAGAAAAGGAACAUCAUUCCACCCUGGUCAGCCAGCAGCUCUGUCAGAGGCUCCACAAGCUCCUCGAUGUCGGAUCACUGGCUGAUUCGCCUGACUGAAGACAGUAUGAGGGGGAGCAUGGCCUCCAGAGCGUCCAUGAGCUGCGUCUCCCCACCAGGCUCCCCCGAAUCACCCGUCUUCCAGGACGAGCCGCUCAAGGAGGAGAGAGGAGGAUUUGACACCAGACCCAUUGUUCGCGGCAUCCAGGGAAGGAGCGUCAGCAUGCGGACGCCGACCAAAACCAAGGAGAGCAUCACCAAAUCGCUGCCCCUGCGCUGGUCCUUUGGAGCCAAGGAGCGACCCAAGCCAGUCCCAGGGGAGCUGGUGGAGUACUUGGAGUCGGGGCGCAGACCCAGAUGCACGAAAGAUUCCAUCGUUCCCCUGAUGACGGUCAGCACUGAUGAGAAUGGUGUGCCGGCAGGGGAACCACAGCAGGCGUCUGUCAACCCUUCCAGGAGAGUGAGUAUGGGCUGCAUGGGGAGGACCAACGAGGAGCCUCCAAACCCCUCAACCAAAGUGCCGGAGGGACAACAAAGACAGCCGCCCGCCAACGAGAAGACCAGCACCUUGCGGAGGAGCGGCAAGCUAAAGGAAGACAGCACCUUGACCAUGAGAGGGUCAAAAAAGACAGCCAGCAAAGCAGAGUCUGUCACCAGCUUGUGUCAAGGAAGGCCUGAAGACCUCCAGCCUAACGGGGCCCGGAGGAGCUCCAGCGGGGGGUUCCAGUCCUACAGCCAGGAGAACACCCUGAGGAAAAGCAAAGGUCAGUUUGGGAAAAGCGGGGAUCAAGAGCCGCGAUCACUGGAGGAAGGGAGGGGAAGGAAGAGCGAAGACACGAAGACGAGUGAGGGGAAGUUCUCCAUCUUUAAAAGCAGCUUCCUAAAGAAGGACUCCAAAAAGCCCAGGGAACCCGAGACGUACCGGAGCGCUGAAAUGGUGAACGGGUCAUCAAGGACGUCUUUGUCCAACGGGACGCUGAACAGGGUGACGCAGGGCAAAGUUAACGGGGCUCCGGGCAGCAGGUACAAGGAGGAGCUGCCCAACGGCAGGGUCAGCCAGUCAGCUGUGGACAUCAACCGCUCACAGAGCUCAUCCAACAUACAGAGCAAGGGGGACCUGGCCUUGAGGAGAACUGCCUCUCUGCACAAGAACGGACUGGCCCCCCAGCAGCCCAGGAGUGUGCACGCUGAAAAGCAUGACUACGCCACCUUGCAGAGAACAAGGUUCUGCACCACGUCUCUGGGCAGAAAGAAGUCAGUGCCUGAAUCGAGCUUCUGAACCGCAAGACAUGCAAGAGUGUCAGUAUGAAGCAGUCGAACCUCCGCACAUGCUCCUUCAUGCUUUUUAUUAGAGAGGGAUGCACUGUUUCUUUCCAGAGGUAUCAAGUGGACUGCACUUACUGUACAUUAGUAACCUUCUCACCCUCUCUCAAAGAAAAACAUGUGGGUGCUUUACCAUGACUCCUAAGAGAGUUCAGUGCUCUAGAACACAUCUGCACAGUCGUAAUUGAAAAGAUAAUGGUGAUUGAAUUGACGCUUGUUUCACUGUGUUUUGUGGGUAUUAUUAAUCUUUAAAUAUCACAGAUAUGUAUCCAGGGAAAACGUGAUGUUGUUGUGGAGUAAGGGAGUACGAUCUAGGGGGCGUGAAUGAUCGAGAAGGGAUUUAGAAGUGUCGGUGGAAUGUAAAAGCAAGUGUUAUUGAGCCUCAUUCCAUUCAUCUUUUUUCCUGAGGGGGAAAAAAAUUUACAUUCAGGGGAAAUUAUAAAUUCUUUAAAUAAACAGAGCAAAUCGGGAGCAGUCGUAGUUAUUUGGGUUAAUGUUGCGUAAUAUGAGAACUUACCAUUUCGACAAAUGAGUUUCUUAUUUCCACUAAUAGAAAAGUAGAGCUUCACAGUGGAACAGCAUGCAAUUACAUGCUUUCUUGCACAGACAUUUUAGAUUAGGAAAAAGUGGCAGAGAAAAUAUGUGUAAUAGCAAAGGAGAAUUCUAUGCAGAUAUGGAAAUAAAAUAGCAGGAGGGGGUCUGUCUCUAUGUUAUGUGUAGCAGGGAGAAAUUGAACCCAGAAUGAACCGCUCACCACAGGGUCAGAACGUCUGUGGCUGCUUAAUCAAGGGGCCUCCAUCAUUUACUUGCAUCCUUCCAGGGCACAUUUUUCAUGUGCAUAAUGUUAAACUAAUGAUGGCAGUGCAUAUCCAUCACACUGCAGAUAGCACCUUUCCCACUUUAUUCAUCCCCUCAGCUUGAGAUCAUUUCCUGUGCAGCCCGGGGGAAUUGUGUUACAGUUUUAACUUUAUAUAAAACCUGUAGAUCUGCAGAAUGCAAACAGACUGUCUAGCAAUGGAGUGGCCUUUGUAAAUAAGUAUGAUUGUAAGAUGAAAAGACCAAAACCACAUGUCUUACACUCGCAAAGCAUCCAUGGAAUACUCCCAUUUAUUACUGUAAAUAAGAGGAAUAUAAUAAUUAUAGCAGGGGUGUCCAGUAACAGUCUUGGGGGGGGCAUUCCACUCCAGGUUUAACAGGUGAAUGAAUUAACUACUUUAGGGUCUGGAGUGAGGUUUAAUUGGUUCAGUUAAAUGAUUUAGAAAAUAGUUGAAACACAUACCAGAAGUGGAAGGGCCAACACUGGACAGCCCUGAAUUAUAGAAAAUAAAAGUACUCUCAGUACUCCCUGUGCCUGCUUCACUCACCCAUUUGUACGUGACAAGUACCAAUCACCAAUUGUUUACCAAAAUGAGCACCUGUAGAACGAAUGAGUGAAUGAAGGAGUUACAUUGUGAAUACGUGAGAUAAAGAUGUUUUUAUAUGACCUUGACCAAGGUCCUUCUUUUGUGAGUUGUAACGGUUUGCUAUGGAAGUGUCCUAGCACAGAUAUGAAAUUACAUUGACAACAAAGGUUUGUACUUGGCUAUAGUCUCUGUUUUACAUAAUAUACUGUUUUAUUUUUAAUACUGCAAAUAAACACAUUAUUUAUCACAA